AUGAGUGCUCCAUUUUACAGUUUCGACCCUUGCGUCUGCACUGGCUUACCAUGCGGGGCGUGUUACCCAUACAGUACGAAACCUUGUGUGGCGUCGUGCAACAAUCUUGGCCGGUGCUCAGUAUGUCCUGGCGGUGGGUGUUCUCCUUGUCCCGCUCCAGUGCGACCAUGUCCCGAACCCUGCCCAGCGCCGCCCAUUCUACCUUGUUUACCUCCGUGCCCACCAUGUGACAAGCCAUUCCAUGUUGCCGCCCAAACCGCUGCAAGCCUUGUCCUUGCUACUGCUGCACAGAGCCAGCUGUAUGUAGUCCGAAGCGAUGCAGUUAUCCUGGUGUACCUGUCUGUUCUGGCUGCUGUGGACCUUGUAUGCCAGUGUGGUAGCAAGACCGAUUUUGUAUCUUUUAGACGAUUGUCAAGCAUGUCAGUUUUGCCAAGAGGAUAUGAAUGUAUAAGACCGUGCCCAAGGUACGGUUGUGUCAAAGGCGAAUACAGCAUUUACUAUAAAAGACCAAGGUGCGGUCAGCCUAGACCCCAGCCAUUCCAGAGAGAAGCCACAGCAUAUUGUUCAGGGCCUAGCAACGCUCCGAGAGAGAGGCCAUGUUGCUAUGACUAUCCAUGUAAAGCAGAUUGCUUUAAUCACGGCGCGUGCACUAGACCAAGCGGUCGAUACGCUCGCACUGUUUGGUAUCCAGGCGAAUGCUGUCCAGUGGUACCGCCUUGUCAAGCUUUCACUUGCCCCAACCCACCUUACCAUCCCUGUUGCUACCACACUUGUAACAAACUGGUGUGAACGGCUGAAAAACUAAAUAUCUUUGUUUUUUUAUGACGUGUGUCCGUGUAAUUCUGUACUUUAAUGACAUGUUUGUGAAACUGUGAAGUCCAAUAAAUACUAAAACGAGUAUUAUAAUUUCUUAUACCCAGCAACGAUUCUUCGUAACAAUUCUAACGCAAUAUUCUUAAUGAUAAUUGCUUAAAAAAUCCACUUUGUCCCUGGCACUGUGAAAUGGGAAUCGAAGUCACCCCGGUUGAGAGAAGUCAUGGGUCCGAUUGCCAUCUCAGAGUGCCUGGAACAAAGUGGUUUUUUUAAUCAUGUUACAUUAA